AUGAACUCUAAAAGCGAAACUGACGAAGCUUCAAGGGGGAGCGAAGCAUCAUCGUCAAAUUCAGAUCCUACCCCAGAGAGUUCCCAAGAAGAAUCUACACCAAUUUUAUGUGCAGAUUCAGGUCCAAAUAAUACUCAAGACAUAAUGAAAAGAGCAGCUGCCAAACAGUUAAUUGAGAGAUAUUUCUAUCAGUUGGUAGAUGGCUGUGGUAAUCCUAACUGUGACAAUAAAUACUGCGCUUCAAGUGGAGAGGCACGCAAUUUAACUCCAAAUGAAGCAGCUGCUGAGGCCAUUAAAUUGUUUUACAAAGAAGCUCGUUUAUGUGAUAGCCUUCCUAACAAAAUUCCCCGUAUUGAAGCCUGCCGUGAAUCUAGUACUGGCAACAACACUACCGAAAAUUCAGAUAAAGCAAAUAAAGAUGAAAAGAACUUGGAAAGUCCUUCCUCUAGUUCAUCACCAAUCUUGGGUGGAAAUUCUAAAGCAGAAACUAGUCAAAGUGUAUCUCCUAUUGAUUAUAAGAAUCUAAGUCAUAAUAAUGGUGCACCACUUACAGAAGAAAAAAUAUAUGAGUUGUGUGAUGAAUGUAUCAAGAAUAAAUCUCCAGAAGCCUUAAUAAGUGCCAUUGCCAGGACCUUUACCAAGCCCUUAAUAUUAGCUAGAAGUUUUAUCAAAGUGGAUAAUGUAUCAAAUAGUGCUAAAGAAGACAAGCAAGAUAAAGAAUCUGAAGCGAUGUGUUCAUCAAGUGAUCCCGAUAAGGAUGUGGAUAGUGCUUCUGGACCCACAUUGGAUGUAGCCUCAUGUAGACGAGCUUUUGAAUAUCUUUCAAAAGUGCCAUCAGUACACUACAGCUCGUCAUUUGUAAUAAUUCUGGCCACAUUGGCAGAGUAUUUACAAUUGGAUAUGAGGAUGACCAAAAUGUUGAAACUGGAUGAUAUCAUUAACUGCUUUGUCAUUGCAUUUGAAGUCAGAGACCUCGGCUGUAGUGAUUACUUAGAGGUCGCUUUGCCUGCACUCUGCAAUGCUGCAGAACAUUUACCUGUUAAAGGUCAAGCUAAGUUGGCUCGUAUUUGGGGGGAGCAGUGCAAAGAUAGUCUACGACAUAUUCUAGAAACGUUACAACAAUUGAUUACCCUGAGGGUAAUAUCGACGAACUACACUGCGGGGUACCAACUGCAAGACGAUCAGAAUGUUACCAGAGCGACCAAACUUAUGAAAAUAGUGUACUACGCAAAUAUGAUAUCUGGGAUCAUGGAAUCGAAUACGUUGAGAGAAGAGCCGGUCGUUAUCACGAAUCAGUUGGAUCCACUUGGAGACGCCUUGGACCACUUGUAUCCGUUAACCUCUAUUAAAAACUUAAAGCAAGCUCAGCCAGAAGACCCCUUAGCUGUUGAAUUAGGUAUAAAUGUAUUAGACGCUAGGAAACCAUAUUUAGCUUUUGAAGAAUUUUACAACGAACCACUGAGUGAUACAAUUGAGAUGGAUAUCGAUUUUGCUAAUUAUAAAACUGAUAUUAGUGGAGGUAAAAAAUUCUCAUUCCUCAAAUACCCAUUUAUACUUACUGCUGCGACUAAGUCGUUAGGCCUGUAUUAUGAGAACCGAAUUCGGAUGUACUCUGAAAGACGCGUGUCCCUUCUACACGCGGUCGUCGGUGCCUCACCACCUAUGCCUUUCUUGAGGCUCAAAGUGAGACGAUCUCACAUCAUUGAUGAUGCGUUGGUGGAGCUUGAAAUGAUAGCAAUGGAGCGAGCCCUAGAUCUGAAGAAACAGUUGGUGGUAGAGUUUGAAGGUGAACAGGGCGUAGAUGAGGGCGGAGUCAGUAAGGAGUUCUUCCAACUUAUUGUUGAGGAGAUCUUCAAUCCCGAUUAUGGAAUGUUUACCCAACAACCUGAUUCGCAUACUGUAUGGUUUAACCCCACGUCAUUUGAAACAGAGGCCCAGUUUACGCUUAUUGGAAUUGUUCUAGGCCUGGCGAUUUACAAUAAUAUUAUAUUAGCCGUUAACUUUCCAAUGGUCGUUUAUAGAAAGCUCAUGGGCAAGAAGGGAUCUUUCCAAGAUUUAGCUGAUUGGAACCCCAUAUUAUACAACGGCCUCAAAGACAUGCUAGAGUACGUGGGCGAUGAUUUGGCGGACGUGUACUAUCAGACGUUCAGGAUAUGCUAUACGGAUGUGUUUGGGAACAAUAUAUUCCAAGAUCUUAAAGAAAAUGGCGACAGUAUAUUUGUUACGCAGGAUAAUAAACGGGAGUUCGUAGAUCUGUACGCCGAGUUUCUGCUGAACAAAUCCGUUGAUACGCAGUUCAAGGCUUUCCGUCGUGGCUUUGUGAUGGUGACUGAUGAGAGUCAGCUCGGGUCACUCUUCAGGCCAGAAGAGGUUGAAACCCUCGUAUGUGGUAGUAAGGACUUCGACUUCAAUGAGCUUGAGAAAUCAACGGAAUAUGACGGAGGCUACACAGCAGAAUCACAAACAAUCAAAGAUUUCUGGAGCAUUGUUCACAGCUUAUCGCUAGAGGAUAAGCGAAAACUUCUACAAUUCACAACUGGCUCGGACAGAGUUCCAGUCGGGGGUCUUAGUCAUUUGAAACUAGUUAUCGCAAGGAAUGGGCCAGAUUGUGAUAGAUUACCCACAGCUCAUACGUGUUUUAAUGUUCUCUUAUUACCGGAGUAUGAAAAUAAAGAUAAACUUCAAGAUAGACUGAUGAAAGCUAUAAGUUACUCGAAGGGCUUUGGCAUGCUUUAG